AUGCUCAUAUUGUCAAAAUCCUAUAUCAUUGUUUCAAUUUUAUUAAUUUUAAUCUAUUUGGAAAAUAUUGCUGUUAGAACACAAUUUUUAAUUGGAAACGGCAAAUUUGUCUUUAGUUCAAAUCAAUUGGCAUCAAAUGUUUGGUAUAGACCAAAAGGACAAUUAAUCAAUGGUCAUUAUGAAAAUAGUUAUUCAAACUUUAGUUUAUGGCCUAAUUUACAAUUACACUUACGCAAUAAUAAUGGUUCAAUACUAAUUCAAGCUUCAGAAAUCGGAUUUAUGAAAAAUGAAGUAUUGAUGACUUUUCGUAAAAAUAAUAUUUCUGUUAUUGCAGUUUUACCUGAUUUUACUCAAUGUUAUGAUGGUUAUACAUUAGCAUUAUUAGAAUUGUAUGGUCAAUCACUAAAAGAGAAUUUAUUUUGUACAAUAUUUGAUAUUUGUAAUUCAACAAAAAGACAAGAUCCAAAUGGAAAAGAAUGGUUUGUUACUCAAGAUAAAUUUUCAUAUACUCCUGAUUUAUUAAAUUUUGAUGAAAGAAUUCCAAAUUUAGUUCCAUAUUUUGAUUAUGAUAAAUUAAUAAAUAUAUCAAGUCAUCCAGCACAAUAG